AUGAUCCCGCGCUUCCGUAUACUAUUCUAUAUGAAGCACUCGGAUUUCCAGGAUUCGCAGCAGCCCAUCUACCACCGCGAAUUCGACCCCAACCGAUUUUCUCCUCCGGUGCUGGAUGAUAAUAAUACGUGCCGACCGAGACAGAGUUUCCCCGACAGCACCCCCGCUCCACAUGCAAAUUUUGGCUACCAAAAUGGGCAGCCCCACCAGGCGGCGCAGCCACUCCUCAUCCAGCAGCCACCGCAACCGCCUCCCAUCGGCACUCAAAACUGGGACGGGUCCAAGAAUAACAAUUGGCAGCCAAUAAAGCAAAAUGAGCACCACCAGCAACCUCAGCCUCACUCGUGGGGCGGUGAGCCGAGGCGCCCUGGCGCGUGGCCGAUGCGGAAGGAGAGCUGGCACGGAAAUCCGGUGCACCGGCAGCAGUCUGUGGCCGCCAAUAUGCCGCUGACGGUCAAUACGACGCCCCAAAUUACCGUCGGGCCGGCUUCACUUCCGACCCCGCCGAUGCGCGAUGGCACCGGCACCCAGUUCAUCCUCCCCCCGCAGCCAUAUCAGCCGACACGCACCAUGUUCGGCCAACAGCAAGAGCCGACACCGAUGGACCAUCUACCGUACUCCAACAAUGCACAGCACUCGUUUCCGCCGGACCCUCCGCCCCAGCGAAAAUUUUCCACAAUACAACAUAUGGACGUAGAUCCGGUGCCGCUGGUGUCUGACCAAGCCUCCCCUCACCUGAUGCACAGCCAAGACGGAGUGCCAUUCAGAAAGACCAGCCGAAGCAGUACGACCAUGCAAAAGGAAAGCCUCAAAUCGCCGUCGAAGAAGGAAAAGGCCGAGAUUGUGACGCGGAAAGCCUCGCUGAUGGCCACGAAAAGGUUGGUGCGAUGGGGAUCA